CUCUACUCGAAGCACGCGCAUUCGCAUGCUGUAGUUUGCACAAGAAUUUUCGUCAAAGAAAUUUAAUAAAAAUUGAGAUGGCUGGUUCUUUGAUAGCAUCUUGUUUGUUAAUUGCAGCUUGCUGUUUAUUUUCUCAGCUCAUUCGUGUGAUUGUUGACAAAAACGUUUCGACACCUUUGUCGAAGCUUCUAUUCCUGGAAUUCGUUGCUUCCGCUGAGCUUUGUGCUGCCUGCUUCGAGUUGAUUGUGGUUGCGGAAGAAUACGGCAUUUGGGUGUACGCCGUGAUAUUAUUUCUUCUUACUCUGUGGUGGGCCGCACAUUGGGGUGAUUCAGCUGCUUGUCCUUACAUUCAUCUUGAAGCAUACCUCGAUGGUUCUAUCAGUUUUAGCCAUGCUUUUCUUGUUUCCUUGGCAGAAAUAGCGGGGGGCCUGGCUAUAUACAGGUACGUUCAAUAUACUUGGGAUUUGCAAUUAUCGGUACACAACAAAUCGGUCUGGGAUUGCGACGCUGAUCUACACGUGUCUGCAUUUCACGGAGCAUUGGUCGAAGGUGUCGCGACUUUUCUGUGUAGGAUCGUAUCAAGGACUAUUGCUGAGCUCGAACCACGUUUUGGAACUGCUCUUGAUGCCUUCGUUGGUACUUCCUUAGUUGUUGCAGCCUGUGACUAUUCUGGCGGAUAUUUCAACCCAGUAUUGGCAACAUCUCUCAAACUGAACUGUCGCGGAAAUACUUUUGCAGAGCAUUUUAUCGUCUAUUGGAUUGGCUCGAUCGCUGGAUCUUUCCUUUCGUGGUGGACCUAUCCUAUCGUUCAAGGAAGUCUAUUUCCCAGACAAGCAAUAAAUAAAAAAUAUCAAUAGUAUCGGGUAAAAUUUUUCAAUGCGAAAAGAAA